AUGUCCAUACGUCACCUGGCAUGGGAAGUCAUCUCCUACAUAGCCCACGAGCUUGACGUGGACGACCUUUUUAACUUGUCUCUAUCUUGUCGACAUUUCCAAUGCCUCAUUCGUGACAACAACAUAUGCAAGAGGGUUCUCCAGUCGGCCGCUCCAUCCUCCCCCGAGACUAGGUCAGCUCAUGCCAGCAAAGAGUAUGCGAGAGCUUUACGGCUGAUUUUCAAACGUCGAACUGCAAUCUCUUCUGCAUCUCCAUACCUUGCAGCUGUUGUUGCCGAUGCAGAAUCGUUUGUAUAUGCGAAUGGGGUUCUCUGCUACAUUAGCAAAGGUCUGCUGAGGAUACGGGAUCUUCAUAACUCGUCACCAACUGAAAGUGUCAUCGACCUCGGAAAGCUUUUAGAUACAGAUCAAGACCUUUCCAGGACCAUCGGGGGCAAACAAAAUUACAGUUUGCACAUUCUGCACUAUGCCGAUGGUUUCGUUUCCUGCCGCUACGUGCCCAAGGACUCUCCCGCCAGCUGGCUUCUCGUCAUCAACCCUUCCCAGGGCAGCGUGCUCAGUCAUUCACUUGCAUCCUCGCGGAAAAUCUUUGUGAGGAACAACAACCAGUUUCUCUACUACGGCACUCACUGCCACAUUGCUGAGGACGGAAGCAGACGGUGGGCACUCCGAGGCUGCAACCUUCUGAAUGGCAAGUGGCAUGGCUAUUUGACACAUCUACCUGAGAUGAUUGGAUCCGAAAUUGGCACCAACAUCUGCUUUGAAAUCAUUGACGGCUACUUCUAUGCUCUUGCAAACCAGGCUCUCUUCGAAAGGGAGGAAAUUCGCUGGACAUCCUACUACACAUGCGUCCGAUUCCCUGUCAACCAAGCCAAGCCCAAAAGCACACAGCUGGGCACCAUGAAGGAGAUUUGGCGGAAAUUUCAUUCCGAGGGGCCAAUUGACGAUCGAUGGAACUUCAUCAGUCUCGCAAAGGAUGAGCGCACUGAGACGUUGGCCAUCGUUGAGGGACGCAGGGAAUGGAGGGCAGGAGCCAGUGCCAGCCGAACCUACUACACAAGCGAGCUCCAAUUUCCUGGCGAGACGGGCAGCGAACCAGCAGCAUCGGGACACGCAGUGACGAGUUAUGCUGCAGGUUCCUUAUCCCCUAACACCGCCUCCUUCUCCUCGACAGACUACUCGUGCAGCCCUGAGGAUACGGAUGAUGAUCAAGUACCUACGAGUAGAUCCCCACAUAUGGUGCACCCUGGGGACAACGCUGCUACCCUACCUUUGCUAACUCUGAACAACUCACUCCUGCGGUGCUACCAUUCAAGUUGCCAGACGUAUUUGGACCUGGUCAGCCAUGGCGAUUCAGAUAAGAGGCAGGGGAUAAGACUGAGGGUCGGUUCAAGAAGUCUACGCUCACAUUCAGAACUAGGUCCGCCAGUCAUAUCUACAGAGGAGAACCCUCUCUACCCUGAGCAGCAGAUUGAGAGGCUAUACAAGUCGGCAGAAAUAAAGUUUUGGCCGCCUGCACACUGGACAAACGAUAGCCGAAACGGUCGAGAUCUCUAUGAAAUUCUCAACCCACAAACGCACAAAGGAGAUUUCACAGGAAUGUGGGAUGAUAGAUCUAUGUGUUACACAACAGGUGGUCACACUAAGACCAUUGUCUUCAUCUCGUUCGAUCCUUCCAUUCGUCUCGCGGGCAUCCGUCCAUGGUUCCCAGGAUCGCAGGCGGAUAAACAAGGGAUUGACCCGCGCGUUGCUACGGUUGGUGACAAUGCAGCUGUGGGACCAGAGAAGCAUCUCAACGAAUUUCGGCACACCAGUGGACCCAGUUCCCUGCGUGCGCCGCUGAGGAUGCCAGAGAACUCCGAUGAGGAGCAAUCUCGGACCGAUGAAACCACCGAAUCAUCUCUGGUCGGAAUAAGUAUGCUCAAGGAGACAACAUCAUCCAAGACACCCCCUCCGACCGACGAUGGCGAGUCUAAGAAGCCCAAGUGGACCUGGACCACGCAUCCAGUGCAUGCUGGCAUCCACAAAGGGUUUCAUUUCGCGUUAUGA